AUGGCAGACAAGAUCGUUACCGCCCAUGCCGGGGCCAAGAAAGCAGAGGCGAGGGUGAACAACAUAUUCGCUAUUAAGAAAUCGCCUGGCGAGGGACUCAGAGACUUACUUGCCCGAUUCAACCGUGUAAGAAUGACUCUUCCAAAUGUCUCGGAGGGGAUGGCGGUAGCCAAUUUCCAAAACGGGCUAAACAGGAGUGGUUUGAGGGCGACCAGAAAAUUACUUAGCCAACUCAUGAAAUACCCUCCAACCUCUUGGGAUGAGAUACGCAACGCCUAUUGUGCCGAGGUAAGAGCUGACGAGGAUGACCUCAAUGGACCUACUCAAUGGUUGACCUCGGUCCAAAUGGAGUCCAAGAAGGACCGGAGAAGUGACAACAGGAGAGAUCUAGUGGGACCCCAGCCUAAUCGGGAAAGACAUCAGCCCUAUGUCAGAGACGCCCUCAUACCGUCUCCACGCCACGACGAAGGCCCAUCUAGGCCACGAACGAGAACCCACCGAAGUGAGAGAGGUAUUGCCCCUUUAUUAUCUGCUCACAAUUUCUGCGUUUCCCCCUUAGAAAUAGUCUAUGCACUCGAGAAGCUCGGCCCAAAAGUGAAGUGGCCGCAGAAGAUGAGAUCCGACCCGAGCACCAAAAAGUCGAAUGCACUCUACGAAUUUCACCAGGAACGGGGUCACAAAACCGAGGACUGUAUCGCCCUAAGACAAGAGGUUGUGAACAUGCUUCACCAAGGGCACUUAAAAGAGCUGAUGAGCGACCCAGGGAGAGACAACUUUGCAUAA